AUGUCUUCACCAAACCGUUGUCCAACUCUGAUCGGGUUAAGAUUAAGAAUGGUCUCAGGGGAGUCAAAUCGAGAGGUUCCUCAUAGAGCAAACAUGAGAAGGAAACAUCGUCUCGCAGGAACAAGUGUUAGCAGAGGCGACAAUAUAAUGGAAACACUAAGCUGUACAGAGGCUUUUGGAGAAACGAAUGAAGUCUCUGUCGAAUGA